GAAUUUCUUUUAAACCUACAGGCAGCUUUAAUGAAAUUGGGGGGUGCAGAUCUGAUGUCAGCUUUAGAGGGGAAAUACAUGAAAUGUCCUCAAGAUCUGAUGACUUGUGACUUUAAAUGUGUUUUAUUGUAUUCUGUGGGAAGAAACGUCAUAAAUAUAACCUUUGUUUGAACAACUUACUGGAGGUCAGCCACUGAGUCACAUUCACACAUACGUGACGUAUCUGCAUCAUGUGUCACUGCUGAGGGCCGAAUGGCUCAAGUGUGUCUUAAAUGUGCGUUAAUGAUACUGAAAUGAAAUAAAAAUGAAAUGAGUUGUGUUUAGAAUUAAAUAUUAUGGGGGACAAAUCACAUUCCUGCCAGGAUUCAGGGGGUCAUGUCUCAUCCUUCACACACUCACACAGUCUAAAACACAUUGAGUAGUGCUGAUGUAUGUUUUUGCCACUUGGGGGCAGCAAAAUGAACAGUUCACACAACACUUCACUUUUUUAUUGUUGCAGCACUAUUUUGUACUUGGAAGCAAAUUGUUGAUAAUUUCACGUGUGAAUUGUGCAAAUUAAAGAUCACCUACAAAUAAAAAUAACCCUUUAAAUCAUCAAAAUCAUAUUUGCCUCUGCAGAGUAAAACAUUCAACAUGUUGUUUUGAAGGCAGAAGUACAGUAGGUCGAAUCCAUGUGUCUCAUUGGUUGAACACACGUGUGAUUAAUCACAUGACCACAUCUGUGCUGAAAGUUCCUCUUGAGUCAUCUGAUAAAUGUGUCUUAAUGUCCACUGUAACUUUUACUCACACUGGGCUCUCUGAUAACCACAGUCUGUGGUCACAUGGUGGCAGUAUCAUUUUGCUGAUUCACUCAGUGUAUUUACAUUUCCACUGGAUUUUCCACUUGUACUUUGGAGCAGCAGCAGCAGAAAUACUCACUUGACAAAAGGCUGCAGCAAUCACUUCCUGGUUUUUAUCAGGACGGCUCGAUCAUGCUGUAACAGAGGCGACAGAACAGUGAAUGAAUCAAUCCGUGAGGUGAGAAAAAAACAUCUGUCAACAAUUUAAGCAGUCAGAUUUGCUUUGUGUUCAGACACAGUGCAUGUGGGAGAAACUCUACACCUCCUUACAGCGUGGGCUCCACCCUGUGGUUUCUUUUCCUCUGGGGAAGGGAGGGCAGUGAUUCAGGCGUGGGUGUAUCUCUUGUGUGCUGGCCCGCCUGCUUGCAUGUGAGUGGGUAACAUUUAGGCUGAAACCAUGGACUUCAAGUGACAUCCUCUAGGUGUGGCUUUCACUGCUGUUCAGUGAGAUCCAGGAACUACCAGCUGACAGAAAGUGGCUGAGCCAGUUACUCUCAGAGAGCAGAGGAGAGCGGCUGAAGACAUGGCAAAUACAGCAGCAGAAGAAACAGCUCCCAUCUCCAACCAGCCGCUGUGUGGAGUCUGCUCAGGUGCCCUGAGCGGAGACAAGCCGGCAGCCUGCGGUCACUCCGUCUGCGGCUCCUGCCUCGAGGACAAGAGUAAAGGAUGUCCUGAGUGCCUGCAGAGCCCCGACAAGCCUGAACCUGACAGCCCGAAACAGAACGGGACGGAGGCUGAAGCUCCUGUGAUCGAGAGCAAAGAUAAGCCGGACCCCAAGACCACCGAGGAGACCAAGAUCCAAGAGGAUCUGAAGGAGUCCGAGGAUCCCAAGACGCCUGAGGAGGAGAAGAAAGAGGCAGAGGAGGUCAAAGAAGAGGAGGUGAAGGAGGAACCUCUGGGCCCCGACGAUGUGGUGUGCGACUCCUGUAUCGAGAACCCCCGCAGGGCCCUCAAGUCCUGUCUCACAUGCCUGGUGUCCUACUGCGAGGCUCACCUCCGGCCUCACCUGGAGAACACAAAGUUUCAGAACCACCGGCUGGUGGAGCCGCUGCGGGACAUCGAGAGGCGGACCUGCGAGAGCCACAAGUGGCCCCUGGAGCUUUUCUGCAGCGCCGACUCCUGCUGCGUCUGCCAGGACUGUGUGACGGAGGAGCACAAGGGCCACAACAUCGUCCCUGUGGUGGAGGCUCGCAGACGGAUAGAGAAAGAGCUCAGGCAGAAGCAGACUGAGAUGGUGAAGACGAUGACGGCAGCAGAGAACGCCAUCAACAAGCUUCAACUCAACACAGUCUCCAUUGAGAAUUCAGUGACGGAGGUGCGGGCGACGAUCGAGCAGCAGUUUGAGGAGCUGCAGGCGGUAGUGGAGAGGGCGAAGCGGGAGCUGACGGAGAUCCUGGAGGGCGAGGAGAAGCAGGCGCUGAGGCAGGCCGAGGGCAUCCGCGUCCACCUGGAGCAGAGGUGCACGGAGCUGAAGAAGACACAGGCGCAGAUGGAGAAGCUCUCCAAGAACAAAAAUGACGUGGAUUUCUUACAGGAGUACUCAGAGUGGAAGAAAGAAGCCACUGACAUUUCCCUGCCUGGAGUCUACAUCGGCCUCAUGGACCGCCUGAACUCCUUCAGCCGCGUGAUCGUCGACUCCACGCAGGAGCUGUGUGCCAUGCUCGUGUCGUCAUACAUAGAGAAAGUUAAAGAGACGUGCAAGAACGACAAAAUGGGGAUAAAGACAACGGUGCAGCAGAUUGUUGCAGCGAAGCAGAACAUGUCCAUACCGGAUCCAGUGUCUCAUGGAGACUUCCUCAAGUAUGCCGCCCACGUGAGUUUCGACCCUGACACGGCUCACAAGUUCCUGCGCCUGACAGAAGAAAACAGGAAGGUGACUAACACCACGCCCUGGCAGCAUCCUUAUCCUGAUGUACCUGAGCGCUUUGAGAGCUGGCGCCAGGUCCUGGCCACGGAGAGCUUCUACCUGGGGCGGCACUACUUCGAGGUAGACAUCAGCGGGGAGGGAACGCACAUCGGCGUGACCUACAAGAGCAUCGACCGCAAGGGCAGCGAGAGCAACAGCUGCAUCACAGGAAACAACUUCUCCUGGUGCCUCCAGUGGAACGGACGCACCUUCUCCGCCUGGCACAGCGACGUGGAAACCCCUCUGAACAUGGAGAAAUUCACCCGUAUCGGGGUUUAUGUGGACUAUAGCAGAGGCCUCCUGGCUUUCUACGGCGUGGAUGAAACCAUUAAGCUCAUCCACAAGUACGAGGCAGAGUUCCUGGAGCCUCUUUACCCGGCGUUCUGGUUAUCCAAGAAGGAGAAUAUUGUAGCCUUGGUGGCACCUGGGGAGCCAUUACGGCUCAAAAGUCCCUCUCCUCCCACCUCACCUGCAAGCGGAGCUAUUGUUUCAAAACCAGCAGCGUAGCGAUGAAUAAAAUGAAAAAAAGUCUGUUUGCGCUAGAUCAUUUAAGUGACAAUUCAACAAUGUAAGACUACUGCUGUAUAAGAAAACAACGACAAAAAUAACAGACAAAUCAAAAAAACUGUAAGGGAAAGAAAUUGAGAGUCUUGCCACAAAUGUUUCAUACAACUGCUGGAUAAAUGAUGAAUGUUUAUGUCAUGUAUGUCUGGGCUCAGGUCAUGUGUACGUUUUGGGACUAAUGUUACUUUUUCAACACACUGUGAAUUCAGAGGACUUCUAUUUUUUCUGUAUGCAAAUAAAUCAUUUGUAUCAUCA